ACACUCUUUUGGUACUGAUGGUUGAUAAAAGCACAAGCACAAAACGAUUUUCACUAUUACAGAGCACAAAUCCACUAAAGACACCUAAAGACCAAAGCUUUAAGCUUUAAUGAUGAACUUCACAAAUCUGCUCAUGAGGACAUUUAUCUAUCCAAAUCUUAUAAUGAUCCUCAUAACAAGUCAGACUCUGACCUUUAAGAUUUUAAAAACAUCAUCCAAGAUGCAUCAGGACAUAACUCGUGAUGCAAUUUUACAGACAACAGCCAAUAUCUGCAGAUCAAGAGCACUCCAGCAGGGACGAAAUUUCAUUCUGCCAGCCACGCUGACAGUGAAGUCAGUAGCAAGAAGCUGUUACUCUGAUUCAGCCAAAGAUUUUCAAAAUAGCAUUAAUGACAUAAAUGGACACAAUGCCUUGGUCGAUCUUCAGCAUGUUUUUCAUGCACCUUACCAUUUUGACAACGAGGAGAUUUUGGCCGGACGAGAACUUAUUACUGAAGGACUUUUUGCUGUGAAAUACAGUAUCAAGGAGCAGAGCUAUGAAGCUGCCAGAAAGGCGCUUGGCAAAAUCCUACACACUCUGCAGGAUUUCUACAGUCAUAGUAACUGGAUUGAAAUGGGAAAAACAGAACCCUUUUCCAGCCUGAUUAAACCAGACACCCCAAUUACCAACAUAGCAGAUUCAGAAACAUGCAGGAAAUGUACUGAUGACAUCUGCACAGGAAACAUUCUGGAGGAUGUCAUUUCACAGCAGAAACUAACAACAGGAUACUUUGGAAUGUAUAAACCACAAGGAAAGUGCAGCCAUGGAGGAUUAGGUGAUCUAACGACUCAGGGGCAAGGUGGCAUAAAUAAGGAUGCUACAUCUUCAAGCCAUGGUCAUUUACAUGAAGCAGCCGCAUCAGUAGCCACUGCUGCUACCAGAGAACUACUGCAGGAUAUUAGAGCAGCAGUUGGAGAUUCAGAGUUUCUUAGAAUGUUGGGACUCAGCCAGACUUCAGUGGUUUGUUUUGUUAUAGACACCACUAGCAGCAUGUCUGAUGACAUUGAUGAAGUGAGGAGAAUUACUUCAUCUAUCAUUGACAGUAAUGCAGGCACUGCAAAUUCAGAAUAUAUCCUUGUGCCUUUUAAUGACCCUGAUUAUGGUCCACUUAUAAGAACAAAUGAUCCUAAUGUGUUUAAACAGCAACUCAGUGAACUUACAGCUGUUGAUGGAGGAGAUUCUCCUGAAAUGAGUCUCUCAGCACUCCAACUCGCCCUCACUGGAUCUCCAGCACAGACACAGAUUUUUGUUUUCACUGAUGCUGAUGCAAAAGAUAAAGAGUUGAAAAACACUGUGCAAGCACUGAUUGAGAGAACCAAGUCUGUAGUGACUUUCAUGCUAACUAACACCAUUAGUUCUCGGCGUCGCAGAAGGAGUGCUGACCGUGCAGAUGGCCAGCAACUAGUCUCCCCUCAGCUUUUCAAUUCACAGAUCUACCAGGACCUGGCUCAUACCUCUGGGGGCCAUGCUAUUGAGGUCACCAAAGAUACUCUGUCCCAAGCUACUGACAUUAUUGCAGUUACCUCCCGAUCUACACUGGUUACGCUUUUCCAGGCUGUAAGAAAUCCAGCAAAAGCUGAAAAAUUGUCAGCCUUUGUAGAUUCUUCUGUGCAAAACUUGAUCAUUUACAUCACAGGCAAUUCUCCAGAAUACACCAUCACCAGCCCCUCAGGAGUCUCACAGAGCAGCACUGAACUGGAUGGAGCUUUGGGGCUUAUUCAGAAAGUUGGUAACUUCCACACAGUGCAACCAACUAUUACAGAGAAGACUGGGUGGUGGGUUUUCGACAUGAAAUCGACACAGCCCUACAGCAUCAGAGUUGUUGGUCAAAGUGAGGUUGACUUCCUCUUUGACUUCAUAGAAUCUUCACAAGGGCUUCAUGCAAGCUAUGUUGCAUUAAACAGCAGGCCUGCAGCAAACACCAAUGUCACCCUGUUGGUGACCAUGGUCGGUGGGGACACUGUGCAACCUACAGAGGUGUCUCUGGUAGAAACUUCAAGUUCAAAUUCCUUUAAUGGAAUAAUAGAAUUGGUAACUAGUGGGCAGUACAUGGUGACCUUCAACAGCAUUCCAGUAGGAAAAUUUACUGUUCAUGUGGUUGGACAGAUCGGUCCCUCUCGAGCCUCAGAUAACACCUUUCAGAGACAAUCACCAACUCAAUUCCAAACAUCAAAUGUGAACAUUACUACUCAACCACUUGGAACAAUGGAACCAGGAAAACAAUUCACUCUGCCUUUCACUGUUACAACCAGUGGCACUGGAGGAAUCUUCAAUAUCAGUGUCAGCAAUGAUCGCAAUUUUGACACUCGCUAUAACUCGUCUAUCACUCUGGUUAGUGGGGUCAGUGCAAAUGGCUCAGUAACUCUGACUGUUCCUGAAAAUACUCCCUCUGGAACUGAUGUCACUGUGACAAUUGAAGCUGAAGCACCAAAUGGAAGUGACUUCAACUAUGUUGUGCUGCGUCUUUCUGUCAUUGCUCCGGUAAAAGAUAUUAUUCCUCCAGUAUGUGCAGCAGUAAGCAUAAAUGCUGACUGCUCAGGCAACUGCAGCUUCUCCUCAUGGUACCUCCUUACCAAUGUGACUGACAGGUCAGGUAUCCAGAGUGUAAGAGUCAUCAAGGGAAACGGCACACUCAGCACCACCAGCGUGCUCAGUUCCACAGGUGUGAAUGUCACUAUGGUGGACUACAGCUCCUCUUGCUGUUCCCGAGAGUUGGAACUAGUUGCUGUGGAUACAGUGGGAAAUGUUGCCACCUGCUUCAAAUCUAAAGCUGCACCAAGCAUCCUUACUUAUGGUGUAGAAUUUUGCUUUUUAUCAGUCUGUCUUUGGGUAAACAUAGGAAUAUCAAUUUACAGAUUCAUGCAGCACUAAGAGAAAAAACUAAAUGUAUUUGAAAUAGAAAGAAAUAUUAUUUGCAUAAUAUACUUAGUGAUUUUAAGCGCUGUAUGUAUUCAUGUAUUAUUAAAUGAUCUGUUGUUAUUUUAUGUGAAUAAUUAAAUGUCAGGGCACAUGCAUAUCGUUUACGGUAAGUCAAGUCAAAAAAAACACCUAUCAGAAGGAUUUUCAUGCAAAUUUGUUUUAAUCAUGACAUUCUCAUGUAAAAUUUUAAAAUAUAAACGCAUUUUUUAAAUUGCAGAUCAGUAUGUAUACAUUCAGCAUAAGGUUUUAAGGUUCUUAGUAUUAUUAUUCAAUUUACAUAUAUGCCUUGUAUGUGUUAGUAUAAGGGAUAAACAAUCUAUUUUUAUUUCCAAUAAGUAAGUGCUAGCACUUAAAUUGCAAAGGGAUUUAUAGAUGAUGGUGUGGGGAUGAUGUGUACUUCCAUUAUAAAGCUAUUGUGUGUAAUAUUUACUUUUUUCAGUGUAUACAGUGUUUCCAGGUCAACCCACCAUUAUUUUGGUGCAAUGUAAAGAGAUUGUAAGGUUUCUGUACUGUUUUUCAGGGUGUGUUAAAUGUGGUUGAGAAAUAAGUUCAAUAAUUUCCUCUGUGUAUAUAAACAUGUAUAUAUAACCAGACAAUCUGCAUCCUGACAGAACUUGGAAGGACUUUCAAAAAUAUCACACACUGAAGUACUUAAUGUUCAAAAUAUUGAGAAAAGUGUCAGGGAAUAGAGACAAAGGCAGGUGCCACAUUGGCCUUAUAGGGAAGGGCCUGCAGGUUAAGCUGUUGUGGUGUUGCAUACAAUGUAGUUGUACCGAGCUGACCUGCUAAAGGGGCUCAUAUCUGGGAAGGGGCUCAUCAAUUUAGCCGUCUGUGCCAUAAAUCAGAUGGUCCAUGCCAUUGGCUGUUUCAUAAAAGCAUUUAGUUGCCACAGAGAGGCAAUCUGACAGAGAUAAAAGAAAGGGACAACCUUUCUUUUAGACAUCCUGGUGUCUCCUAAGGGCCUGUUCUUCCUUUGCUGAAGUGAGGAGCUAGGGCUAGGCCAGUACCCACCAGCCCCAGCCUGGCCUACUGAGGCAGGAAAAGAACGCUAACCUUGCAGCGUGAGCCACCCCAUGUAAAAUCUGGGUGGCUGGCUAGCGCUUAGGGGCAGGUCCCCCAGGCAAGAGACAACCAUCUCUGCCAUGUGGGCCAGAAAGGAAUCCUAAUGCCCGAAGGCUAGGGUUCUCAGGGAUGCUCCUUUAGGGCCAUUUCCACUGCUGCCUACCCCACCACCUCCAGUGCUUUGGGGUUUAGCCAUGACCACCCAUCCUCCUGCUCCUUAUGUGUUGCCACCUCCUGGGUUAGCCCCUGCCAGCUUGCUGUUUCAGGGCACUAUGCAAGGUGAAAACAGUGAGAGUCUAAAACCUGUCUCAUCUGGCAGUGGGGAAGCUUCUGCCGGGUGCACCACAAUGAGUUCUGUGGGAAAAGGCUCCAGAAUCCAGUUUCCCUCCCGUUCUACUUCUUUCAGGGUGUGCUGCCCACUGCUGUUGACACAGACCAAACUAUUACUGUUAGUGUAAAUGUUAACUGUUCAGGCAACUGCAGUCUGCAGCCUCUCCUCAUGGUACCUCACUGCCAACGUGACUGAUGGAAAUUGAUCAAUUGUUCAGACUGUGAGAAUCCUCCAGAGAAAUGGCAACCUCACCACCAAUACUGUGCUCAGUGACACUAUGGUCAUCUACAAUGCCUCUUGUUGUUCCUCAGACCUGGAACUGGUUGCUGUGGAUGAAGUGGGAAAUGUUGCCACAUGUUUUAAAUCUGUAAGAGCAACAGAAGCAGUUUUUGCCUUCAGUCUCAAAUUGGUGUGAUUGAUCUUCAUUAAAGACAUUCACAUCCAAGGUAAAACUGUUUCCCGAGUCAUUUGCUAGUAAUUACAGGCUUAUUGCUAUUACAUGGUUAUACAGGGUUAUAAUGUUUCAUGUUCUGGUAUAGCUUACAUUUUCUUGCCUGAAUAAUUUUAUUUUAAUGCUUAAAUUUAAGUGCAUUUAUUUUUAAAUAACUUAUAACUGGUAUAAGGUGAUUUAAGCCAUGUACUUCAUAGAACAUUAUUCAAAAAAAACAUCUGUUGAUUCCUGCCUAUGAUUUAAGAUACUGCCUAUGUCUUUCCCUUGUAUUUUUUUCUUUCUCUUGAUUUGCUAUUAACUAA